AUGACUAGAAAAAAUAAAAAAAAUACAACGUGUGAUUGCUGUGGUCUCCCUCUUUCAACACCACAAAAACUUCGUCAACAUUAUGCUAGUAAUAAAAAUCUAUGCCACUUACCAGUUCUGUCUCCUAAUCAACUACCGCAACUUGAUCCAGAAAUAGAAUAUCUCGAUACAUUAGGAUUAUUUGAUCCUCCAGAAAUUGUUGAGCCUACUCCAUCACCAGAAGCUGAAAGAGCAUAUCUUGAAGCAAUAGAAAUAUUGGAACCUAUCCCUCAAUUUCAUCAAACCGAUAUUAUUAGCUCUGG